ACAUUGAGACUAUAAUCUUCCAUAGCCCCGAAUUCAACCUGUAAAGAAAACCGAACUAAUCAAGCAAUACCACUCUGACUAUUUGGCUCGGCUAGGCAGGUUGCAAAUGACGCGAAAGGCGCAGCGGGUGAAUUUUUUUGAAUUCAAUUUGCUGGAGAGUGCGGGAAUGCAUCUUUCCGUUCAGACAACCUGUAAUACAGCGCAGUAAGUGCUCUUGCAAAAGCAAAUCAAGCUUUUUGGCAAAUCUUCUCAUCUACAGUGAUAAUAGCUGAACAAGUUCUCUAACAACAUCUUUAUUCCAUCUGCCGCCAGCUCGUUUAUUCAUUCGCUGCUUCAGAAAGUGAAGAUAUCAGACAUGCCUAGCACUCUUGCUAUUGUUGCUACAGGCGUGAUUGCCGUUUAUGGCUUUCUCCAUGCUCUCCUUCAUUACACCCAAGACGAAAGUGAGCCUCCACUAAUUUCAACAUCUCUUCCGUUUAUCGAUACAAUGAUCCAACUCUCGCGGAAAAAAAAAAAAACUAAAUUUUAUAUUGAGUUAAGAAACAAACAUGAUUUACCGAUCUACACUCUUCGGAUACCAGGAGCCAGACUCUAUGUUGUCAAUUCCAUGUCGCUGAUUCCUAUCGUUCAGCGUCAAUACAAAGACUUGGCAUUCCCUCCUCUGGAAGCUAUGGGAGCCAUGAGUGUCUGCGGAUCAAGCAAGAUUGCGAACGACAUUCUCAAUACGAAUACCAACGGAGAAGAGGGCGACUGGGGUUAUUCGAUGACAUUCUACAAAACGAUUCACAAGCCGCUUUCACCAGGGCUUGAACUUGAUGCGAUGAAUCGUAUCAUGGCUCAGAAUGUUACUGCUUCAAUCGAUGGAAUUAAAGGAAAACUUGUUGUAUCGCUUUUCGACUUUAUCAAGCGCGAAAUUGCAAUAGCUACGACCGACUCAGUUUAUGGACCCCAAAACCCGUUCAAAGAUCCUGCUGUUGCAGAUGGUUUCUGGAAGUUCCAGCCUGGGGUUAUUAUUCUCCUUAUGAAUCUAUUCCCAUCGAUACUAGCCCGAGAGUGCUAUCAAGCUCGUGAAUACAUGACCAGAGCUUUUAACAAAUACUUUGAAAAUGGCGGUCAUAACGAGGCAUCCGCUCUCAUGAAAGCUCGUUUCAAUCAUAGUACGGAACAUAAACAGCCUGUUGAGGAUAUUGCAAGAUUUGAGGUUGGAAAUACGAUUGGGCUGCUUUCCAACACAUCACCUAGUGCUUUCUGGAUGGUGUACCACGUAUAUGCCGACCCAUCAAUAUUGGCAGAUUGCCGAAAGGAGAUUUCCCAGGUUCUCGACGAGGCUACUACUACGAAGAACGGCAAAAUCAUCACAAUUCGCACUAUCGAUAUGACACGAGUGAAAGUCGAUUGUCCAAUAUUAUUGUCCACAUUGCAAGAGGUGCUUCGAGUUCACACCAUCGGUAUGUCAACCAGGAUGGUCAUGAAAGAUCUCUUGCUCGACGGCAAGUAUCUUCUCAAGAAGGGAAAUACUUUGCUGAUCCCAGGCCCCGUUCAGCACACCAGCAAGUCUGCAUGGGGUCCCGAUGUUGGAGCGUUCAAUCACCUGCGCUUCUUACCUGAGAACAAACGUCACAACCCGAUUGCCUUUCGUGGUUUUGGUGGCGGAACAACCCUUUGUCCUGGUCGUCACUUUGCAGCCACCGAAAUUUUGGCAUUUACUGCUCUGUUAAUUCUACGGUUUGACGUCGCACCUGUUAACGGAAAAUGGGAUCACAUCACUUCCAACAAGGCCGCUCUUUGGGAGACAACAGCUGCACCAGAUGAGGAUAUCAAUGUCACAAUCAGUCCUAGACACAGUGAGGAUGAAAACGUAAAAUGGAGGGUUUUGGUGUCAGAUUCUGAUAAGGCGAUACCAAUAUCUGCUGAAGACUUGUAAAAGUUUUGUUUUUUAUGAACCCCCACAAGGUGUCUGAUUUUUCUGUUGGUAAGGUUACAGAUAUGUAGCUAGCUACUAUAGGCACACUGCAACAACGAUAUUUUUAUAACAAUUUAAAGACGCCAAAUUGAAGGCCUAUAGAGGUUACCCUUGAAAGUUCUGGUAAAUAAAUUGGCUUGGGGUUGUCAAGUUAUGAGUUAGGCACGAAUUUAAUAUUGACUUAGACAUUGCAUGCGAGGAGUGUAAUGGUUAUUAAUGGUAGAGCUGUAUACAUCAUUCGCAAUUUCAAUAUUAAGAGGGUUUCUGUUGAAACCCUCUGCAUUCCAGAUGGGUAGACAAAAGUAUAAUUCGGAGGUUCUGCCCAUUCGUCGUUGAGAGUACUAACCUAUCACGAUUUCAUUUCCUGGGCAUCGCGGAACACCUUGGGGUUCGGGACAUCAAUUCGUUUGGUCGUCAUUACCUAGGUCGGCUUAGCAGAAAAAGUACACUAAACUUAACGACGGCCAAAAAACCUCCACCACCCACUGUACCACUACUAUUUAAAGGUGUCACGCUCGGCUGUAUUACCACUGCCCCUGUUAGCUAGUGAAAUGUCACGGUGGCACUUCAAUCAGUCAAAUCGACCAACCACAAUCGAUCAUUAAUUAAUUGAAUGCUA